AUGUCAAGGUUAAGUUGUUUGUCUGGCAGACUGAACAAACACAAGCCGUGGAUUGAGACAUCAUACCAUGGGGUGAUCACUGAAAACACUGACAUCGUUCUGCUUGAUCCUCCUCUGGUGGCCCUGGACAAAGAUGCACCCAUCCCUUACGCAGGGGAGAUCUGCGCGUUCAACAUCCACGGGCUGGAGGUGCCGUUCAAGGCAGUGGUGCUGAACGGUACGUCUGGUGAGGGCCAGCUGAGGGCCCGUAGCCUGGUGGACUGUGAGCUGCAGAAGGAAUACACCUUCAUCAUUCAGGCUCACGACUGCGGUUCUGGCCCCCGGGGCGCAGAGGGCAAAAAGUCCCACAAGGCGGUGGUGCACAUUCAGGUCAACGAUGUGAAUGAGUUUGCCCCGGUGUUUCGGGAGCCGCAGUACCACGCCGCGGUGACAGAGGGCAAGAUUUAUGACAGCAUACUGCAGGUGGAGGCUACUGACCAGGACUGCUCGCCACAAUACAGCCAGAUCUGUAACUACCAGAUCACCACCACGAACACACCCUUCGCUAUAGAUCGCAACGGUAACAUCCGGAACACGGAGAAGCUGAGCUAUGACCGACAGCAGCAGUAUGAGAUCCGGGUGACGGCCUGGGACUGCGGCCAGAAGAGAGCCUUGCACAGCGUCCCUGUCCGCAUUGACGUCAAGCCGGUCUGCAAACCCGGCUGGCAAGGUUGGAAUAAAAAAGUGGACUAUGAGCCAGGAACAGGCAGUAAGCAGCUGUUUCCCGAGAUGCACCUGGAGACCUGUGGCGGGCCGCUGUCGUCAGUGAGGACCACGGUGGAGUUGCAGACCAGCCACAUUGGGAAAGGCUGCGACCGAGAGACCUACUCCGAGAAAUCUUUACAGAAACUCUGUGGAGCCUCAUCAGGCAGCACUGACCUUCUGCCUGCCCCCAGUGCCGCCACCAACUGGACAGCUUCCCUGGUGACUGACAGCGGCAGGGACAGUGACUUGAUCUUCAGGUUUGAUGGGCGUCAAGCGGCUAAAAUCCCAGACUGGGUGGUACCACAGAACCUGACAGACCAGUUCACCAUAGCAACCUGGAUGAAACAUGGGCCUAGUCCUGGGCUCAGAGCUGAGAAGGAAACCCUGCUUUGUAACUCUGACAAAACUGAAAUGAACCGUCAUCACUACUCACUGUAUGUCCAUAAUUGCCGGCUGGUGUUCCUGCUGAGGAGAGACUUCACUCAGGUGGACACCUUCAGACCUGCCGAGUUCCACUGGAAGCUGGAGCAGAUCUGUGAUAAAGAGUGGCAUUACUACGUCAUCAAUGUAGAGUUUCCAGUGGUGACGCUCUAUGUGGACGGAGUGACCUAUGACCCCUACCUGGUGACAGACGACUGGCCCAUCCACCCCUCGCAGAUUGAUGUGCAGCUGACAGUCGGCGCCUGCUGGCAAGGUGGGGAGGUGACCAAGCCGUGGUUCACUCAGUACUUCCGGGGCAGCCUCUCCGGACUGACCAUCCGACCAGGGAAGAUCGAGAGUCAAAAAGUCAUUUCGUGCCUGCAGGCAUGCAAAGAAGGACUGGACAUCAACUCCCUCGAGAGCCUGGAUAAGAACAUCAAGUUCCACUUUAACCCAGCUCAGUCUAUCCUUGUAAUGGAGGGAGAGGACUUGGAGAACAUGAACACUGCUGUGAGGAAAGUUUCCUACAUAAACUCUCGUCAGUUUCCCACCCCAGGCAUCCGACGUCUGCACCUCUCCACUGCUGUCCAGUGUUUUGGUGAAGAUACUUGUAUCACCAUUCCUGACAUUGAUGCGGUGGUGAUGGUGCUGCAGCCCAGUGAGCCCAGGAUAACCAUCACUGGAGUGGAAAGACUGAGCCGGCCUGCUUCUGACCUCAGGGUGUCAGGAGGCAUAGCACUGUUCCAGGACCUCCACAUCAUCAGCACAGUCACCAGGGCAGACGCCAAUGCACAUCACACAGCACGUCGAUCAGGGGUGCUGGAGGAGAUUAUUCAUAACUUGGACUACUGUGAUAUUCUGGUGUUGGGGGAGGAGCUGAGGCCAGAGCAAGAGUCCCUCCAACUGAAGCGCAGCAUUCUGCUCGGAAAACACCUGGACGCCACAAACUCCACCUCCGGCAUGUCCAUAUACGGUGUGGACUCAAUGUCCAACUAUGAGCAGGUGAUCCGAGAGGUGCGCUACUAUAACUGGCAGCCUGGACAGUUAACAGAGAGAAGGUUUCGCCUCACAUGCUCAGAGCUCAAUGGACGCUACACCAGCAACGAGUUCAACCUGGAGGUGAGCGUGCUCCACAGUUCAGAGGCCGGGGAACACAUCAGUCACAUGGUGGCUCCUCCUCAGUACAUGCAGAUGGUCCACCAUCCAGCCAUGAUUCAUGACCUGUACCCCAACCACAGCUCAGGCGUGCCGAGUGCCGCCACGGUGGUAAUUGUAAUGUGUAUCGCCGCCCUGGUGGUGGUGGUGGUGCUUGGCAUCUACCGCAUCCACCUAACCCACCAGCAGGAGGUCAAGCUGACCGAGACGACCAAAGGGGCGGAUGAGACCUGGGACGACUCGGCUCUGACGAUCACAGUUAACCCAAUGGAGAACAUGGAAGGGCCCCAGGCUGCAGAAGAAGAAGCCAGCGAGGAGGAAGAGGAGGAGGACGAAGACGAAGAAGAGGACGACGACGAUGACGAGGAGGAGGACGACAUCACCAGCGCCGAGUCAGACGACAGCGAGGAGGAAGUGGACGUCCAGCUACCCAGGAUCCAGCGCCAGAGCAAGAGGGGCCAAAACUGGGACAAAACAACAGUAUCUUAUUGA